AUGGCAGAAGGCACAGACGUACAGCCAUCUCCACCGAAGCGAGCUUCUGAGGUAGAUUCCCAUCCAGACUGUGCAAGCACGGUUCUGACGCUGAUGACAGACACAAUACGGCAGGAACAAAGCCGCGCGAUUGCUACAGUGGAGCGUCAACUAGCACUUCCAGCACAUGCCACGUCGCCUAUGCGCCAAUUACGGAGUGCACCACCGCUGGACCGGAAACGAGGACAUGAGUCUUCUUUCGAGAAAGGAGAGGUGCUGGAGGAUAACACGUCACACCGGGCAGAUAAUAAUAUUGUCAAGCGGGGACGCGCAGAGCCGAUGCCGUUGUUAUGGCUAACAAAUGAUGCGGGCUGGGAACGCAUCGAUCGUGACGACUAA